UGUUUUGUUCUGCCAAGAUCAAUUACUGUCGAUGGAGAAAUCUAAGAAAUUCAGUCGCAUGCGCUCGCUGGGAAUUGUUACAACAGGGGCCACCGCCUUGCUUAUGGGUAUUACGGCGUAUAACAACAAGGACCGGUUUUUCCGCACGUUUAUAAUGCCGGCCGUGCGUCUUCUGCCCGCAGAGGCCAGCCACAACUUGGCUGUGAUGGCAUGCAAGUAUCGCGUCUAUCCAGCCUCCCAAUACCAAGAUGACAUCAAUCUGAAUACCCAGUUUUUUGGUCGCCUGCUGAGCAAUCCGAUUGGUAUCGCCGCUGGGUUUGACAAGAAUGCCGAGGCCGUUGACGGCCUGAAAGAUCUAGGCUUUGGCUUUGUUGAGGUAGGAACUGUCACGCCCACAGCUCAGGAGGGAAAUCCGAAGCCUCGAGUGUUCCGCCUGUCCGAGGACAAAGCCAUUAUAAAUCGCUAUGGAUUUAACAGUGAUGGCCAUGAAGCAGUUCUCCAGCGGCUUAGUGAGUCGCGUAAAAAAGAGAAUUUUAAUGCCAUAGUGGGCGUAAACUUGGGACGCAAUCGAAACACCAUGACCCCAGUCGCUGACUACGUACAGGGAGUCAGGAUGUUUGGUCCCGUGGCGGAUUACCUAGUAAUCAACGUUAGCAGUCCCAAUACGAAAGGACUGAGGGAUAUGCAGAGCAAGGAGAAGCUAACCGAGUUGCUGGAACAAGUGAACGAGGCACGGUCGCGUCUGGAAAGUAAUCGUAAUGUCCCGAUCUUGCUAAAGCUUUCGCCCGACCUAGAGAUCUCUGACAUGAGCGACAUAGUAGACGUCAUUAAGCGGAAUAAGAGUCGCGUGGAUGGUCUCAUUGUGGCUAAUACGACAGUGUCGCGCGACAAUCUGCACGACGCAAAGUGGACCGCUGAGGCAGGCGGGUUGAGCGGAGAGCCGCUGAGAGCCCGUUCCACAGAGAUGAUUGCCCAGAUGUACCAGCUCACCAACGGUAAAGUUCCCAUAAUUGGCGUCGGCGGUGUCUCAUCUGGGUAUGACGCGUACCAGAAGUUUGAGGCGGGAGCUUCUUACGUCCAAAUCUAUACGGCCCUGGUCUACGAGGGCCCUUAUCUCGUUGAGCAGAUCAAGGACGAACUCUCGAAACUAAUCACCCAACGAGGUCAUUCCAAUAUACAGUCGGUGGUUGGGACUAACUCUAAGUUCUACCUACCCAAGAAAAAAACACAGGGUUUUAGGAACUAAAAAUGAAACAAUCGAAAUAUUUGUAUGGCUUUUGUACACGCAAUUAAAUACUAUAUUCUUCCAUUUA